AUGCCGGCGGCGGCGGGGGACGGGCUGCUGGGCGAGCCGGCGGCGCCCGGGGGCGGCGGCGGCGGCGCCGAGGACGCGGCCAGGCCGGCGGCGGCCUGCGAGGGAAGUUUCCUGCCCGCCUGGGUGAGCGGCGUGCCCCGCGAGCGGCUCCGCGACUUCCAGCACCACAAGCGCGUGGGCAACUACCUCAUCGGCAGCAGGAAGCUGGGCGAGGGCUCCUUCGCCAAGGUGCGCGAGGGGCUGCACGUGCUGACCGGAGAGAAGGUGGCCAUAAAGGUCAUUGACAAGAAGAGAGCCAAAAAGGACACUUAUGUCACCAAAAACCUUCGGCGAGAGGGGCAGAUUCAGCAGAUGAUCCGCCACCCCAACAUCACCCAGCUCCUCGAUAUCUUGGAGACGGAAAAUAGCUACUACCUGGUCAUGGAGCUGUGUCCUGGGGGCAACCUGAUGCACAAGAUCUAUGAGAAGAAGCGGCUGGAGGAGUCAGAGGCCCGCAGAUACAUCCGGCAGCUCAUCUCUGCAGUGGAGCACCUGCACCGGGCCGGGGUGGUCCACAGGGACUUGAAGAUAGAAAAUUUGCUACUGGAUGAAGACAAUAAUAUCAAGCUGAUUGAUUUUGGUUUGAGCAACUGUGCAGGGAUCCUGGGCCACUCGGACCCAUUCAGCACACAGUGUGGUAGUCCUGCUUACGCUGCGCCCGAACUUCUUGCCAGGAAGAAAUAUGGCCCCAAGAUCGACGUCUGGUCCAUAGGCGUGAACAUGUAUGCCAUGUUGACUGGGACCCUGCCUUUCACGGUGGAGCCUUUUAGCCUGAGGGCUUUGUACCAGAAGAUGGUGGACAAGGAAAUGAACCCCCUCCCCACCCAGCUCUCCACAGGCGCCAUCAACUUCCUGCGCUCUCUCCUCGAACCGGACCCUGUGAAGAGGCCCAAUAUUCAGCAAGCACUGGCGAAUCGCUGGCUUAAUGAGAAUUAUACGGGCAAAGUGCCGUGUAAUGUCACCUAUCCCAACAGGAUUUCCCUGGAGGACCUGAGCCCAAGUGUGGUGCUUCACAUGACAGAGAAGCUGGGCUACAAGAACAGCGACGUGAUCAACACUGUGCUCUCCAACCGCGCCUGCCACAUCCUCGCCAUCUACUUCCUCUUAAACAAGAAACUCGAGCGCUAUUUGUCCGGGAAAUCUGACAUCCAGGACCGCAUUUGCUACAAGACCCAGCUGUACCAGAUAGAGAAGUGCAGGCCCGGCAAGGAGCCCUAUGAGGCCUCCCUGGACACCUGGACAAGAGACCUUGAAUUCCAUGCUGUGCAGGAUGAAAAACCCAAAGAACAAGAAAAGCGAGGGGAUUUUCUUCAUCGGCCAUUUUCCAAGAAGCCGGACCGGAACCUGCCGUCGCACAAGCAGCCCUCAGCCUCGCUCUCCACGCACAUCCAGAACACCAAAGCCCUGCUGAAGGACCGGAAGGCCCCCAAGUCCAGCUUCCCCGACAAAGAUGCCUUCGGCUGCCACAGCAUCUUCCGCAAAACUUCAGACUCCAACUGCGUGGCCUCCUCUUCCAUGGAAUUCAUCCCCGGCCCGCCCCCCAGGACCCCCAGGGUCGUCAAGAAGCCGGAGCUCCCUCAGCAGGGCCCUGGGGGCCCUGGCAUCUCCCCCAAGGAGGACCCCCUGGUGCUGGAUAUGGUGCGCUCCUUCGAGUCGGUGGACCGCGAGGACCACUCCGACCCGCUAUCCCCGUCUCAUCACUAUCGGAUUCUAAGCUCGCCUGGGGGCUUGGCCCGCGGGAAUCCCGCUGAGCGGACGCUCUCCCCGGCCCUGCUGCCCGGAAGCCUGUCCCCUCUGCAAACUCCUUUGCAUCCCACCCUGGUCUCCUUUGCUCACGAAGAGAAGAGCAGCCCCCCGAAGGAGGAGGGCGUGUGCUCCCCAUCUCCGGCUCCCAGCAAUGGUGCCACACAGCCCCUGGGGAGCCCGAAUUGCGUCAAGAGCCGCGGCAGGUUCCCCAUGAUGGGCAUCGGACAGAUGUUGAGGAAGCGACAGCAGAGCCUGCAAACCCCCGCAGACCGGCCCCUGGAGGCCAGCAUGCCCCCCCUGCAGCCCCUGGCCCCCGUGAGCCUCUCCUUCGACAUGCCCGAUGGGGUCAAAGGCCAAUGCUAACCUGGGCCAGUGGCGGGAUUCUGGGUGUUUCUAAGGACGGCAGAGCUCUGCACAUCCGUCAGGGCAUGCAGAUUGAAAGGCCUCAUGGGAGCCUCCUUCAGGGUCUCACCUCCUGCCACGGAAUGUCCACACCGUGAACCGCUAAAACCCACACACCCGAAGCCCGCACACCCCAGGCUUGUGUAGGGACCCCGGAGACGCUGGGAUCUACGAGGAGGGGUGGUUACAGGUGCAGUUUCAGCCAUUCGGCCACCCACUGACCCUCUGCCCCCCUCUCCCGCCCACCCACUGACCCUCUGCCCCCCUCUCUCUGCUGGGCUGUGGGGGAAAACCCCACACCGGCCGCCGGGCUGCUCGGAUCACAGACUGUUGCGAAAUCUUUCCUCACUUCGUGAUCUUCUCAGCAGUCAGCCAGUCACCUGGGGACUGAAGGCGGCCUCGCUGAGUGGCUCAGCCGGGCCACUGCUCCCCUUCCUCUCACAGAGGUGAAUCCUUGCAGACCGUAAGAGCCGGGGAGCCUGCUGCCAGGCCUCCAGCACCUCUGAGGAAGAUGGGCAGCAGCCUCCGCCAGCAGCACCCCCCCUCUGAGCGGAAAAGGGCAGCUGGGCAAAGACUGAUCCAAACAGUGGGUCCCCCAGUGAAAGGAAAGGGCCGAAGGGGACAUGCAUCUACCAUCUUCUUUUUGUGGUUGAAACUUGCUAAUGGUUCAAUUCUCUUUUCCAAAGAUGGUUUUUCUUUAGGUGAUGUCAAAUUGAAGUUACGUAAUUAAAAAACAACCCAGAUGGAGACAUGAGAAGCAAUUCUACCAAAUUCAUGUUUUCAUGCGCGGAUAAGCGUGGCAAGCAUAAAAGCCCUCCCACUUGAUGUUUUCGGUGGCCGGUGGCCUCCCGUGGCCUGCAGGAGGGCUUGAUCGCAGCUAGCCCUGUGUCCUUCCCGUCGCAUCAACACAGCCAGAUCCUUCUGGAAGGCAUAGGCCAUGGCUAUAGUUGGUUCUUCAGAAAGAGAACAUGUUGAGGUUGAAUUCGGAUGCAUUUGGAAGGCACUGUUACCUCCUUGCAGUGCAGUUUCCAAGCUGCCGAGAAAACAAGGGUGGCUUAGAGCUGACCUGGUUCCCUGUGCGCUGCGAGCAGGCUUGUCCAGUGAGGGUCAUGUUCAGAAACACAGUGCUGCGUCCCCUCGGGGCAAAGCAGCCUUCCUCGAACACGCCUGGAGUCCACGUCUGGUUUUCAUACCUUUUGCCAAGGAGCGAACCAAAGAUGUGUCUCCGGUUCCGUGUCCACGCCGUCCCCGUGUGCGCAUUCUGUGGAUCCCAGUGUUGUCUGGCCGUGUCUAGCAGGAGCCCACUGGGACCUGUCUCCUCUCGGGGACCCUGGGCCCUGGCACGUGGUGGCGACCACUCAGUCAUGACCAAAACUGGAGAAAGAAGAAUCCGGGCCAGGCUGGACAGCGGUUAGCUCAGAAGACAGGUUACGCAGUGGCUCGGGGUCCUCAGCCGUUGACUGGCCCAGGCGUGAGCAGACCUGCUGCUGUGGUCACCCCAAAGGCUGGCCCCCUGUUUCGGAAACGAGCCGGGGCCCUUGAGAACUACAAAGCCUGCUUUUGUUUCCCCUGGCAGCCAGCCCACGCCAGGGAGCCCUGGGGUGCUCCUUCAUCUCUUCUCUUUUAGCAGCGGUGACCCCCUUCUGUCCCUCACAUGUCUGGCUGAGCAAGGAAAAGAGCGGAUACCUGGCCGAUCCUGGACACCACUGAGGGGCCCGGGCUCAGCUCACUUCGUGCGACCUGGAGCUGCUGUGUCCCACCUCGCUGGGGUCAUCCCGACUCCAGGGCUCCUUAGGAAGGAGUCAGGCUCCUGGCUGUUGGCGUUACUCCUCUGUAUGGCUCCAGACCAGGUUCCAGAACUUUCCAUUGAAAAUGGAGCUUUUGAAGCAGAGAGAAGAGAAGCAUCUGAGACCUCUCUCCACUUGACACGAAGCGUGUCUGUUUUUUGAUCGGCGAAGGGACCCUUUUUGAACAUCGUUGCUGGCUGCGUCGUGCUCUGCCAAUUCGCGGGCUGUGUCCCUGUGCCUUGUGAACUUCUGUCCCUCUAUGUCUCUUCCAUGUAUUGUACUUUCCUUGAGAACGUGAGUGUUUUUCCGUGUCGCUGUUAAGCUCAUUGGGACAUGCUUUCUGCUCCUCAGUUCAGGGACAGCUGCAGACUGUUGCACAACUCACGGACCGUGUCCCCAUUGGUAGCUUGAACUGUGAACUCAGGUUUAUUCCAGAUCCAGCGAGAGGUGAGAGUGAGGAAGGGGGGAGGGAUCAACUGUAUUUUUUUGUAUGUGAGCACCUGACAAAUCUAUGAAAGCGGAAAUGUUAAAUUCUUUAUUAUUUUAUUAUAUUUAUACGGGAAACUUGACUGUCCCUUUGGUAAGUACAAAGUAUGUCGUCCUUUUGACCCAUGACUGUCUCUCAUUAGUCUGUGCCCAUGACCUUGGUCAGCUUGUAGUUACUGACCUCGAUCAGCUUGUAGUUACUGACCUCGGUCAGCUUGUAGUUACUGAUGGAAAUGACUGAACUGUCACCGUGUGAAGUCCAGGAGGAAAAGUCCGCUUUAAUUGUACGAUUUGGUCACAAGUAAGGACUGUAUUUAUGUCACCAUUAUUAAGUAUAUGUACUUUUAUAAUGACUGUGAAAUACACUUUUCCCUCACUA